AAGCCACCAUCGGCAACGCAGCCAUGGGCGGCCCAUUUGUCACAGUUGCUCGCAGGAAACAGGGCUGCUCUCCUCCGCAAUAUGCGCGUCUGUCGUGACUUGUCCAAGACGGGGGCACUCGGUGCCUUUUCGGACGAACAGGUCGUGCUCGACUUGUUGAUGGCCGCAUUCCCGGCUUGGUACGAUCAAGAGGGCUCAUCUCAGUGUGUCCAACUUGUAUAAAUACCCGUGGCCCCGUCCAUGGGUAUGUCCAUCACAAUAGCAGUAGGCAAGGCAACAUAUUUCGACGCAUCUGAUCUCGCCAACGCGCCACUAUGAGGUUCUCACUGGCUUCGCUUCUAGCAUACGGCCUCGCCGUAGAUGCUCACACCAUCUUCCAGAAAGUCUCCGUCAACGGCAAAGACAACGGCCAGCUCACCGGCCUGCGUGCCCCGGGCAACAACAACCCCGUCCAGGAUGUUACCAGCCAGAAUAUGAUUUGCGGCCAGUCGGGGUCGAAAUCGUCGUCUAUCAUCAAUGUGGCGGCGGGCGACCGUAUCGGAUCAUACUGGCAGCAUGUCAUCGGCGGUGCCCAGUUCGCAGGAGACCCAGACAACCCGAUCGCCAAGUCUCAUAAGGGCCCUGUGAUGGCGUACCUUGCCAAGGUCGACAACGCAGCCUCGGUCGGGUUGAGCGGCCUCAAGUGGUUCAAGGUCUGGCAGGACACAUUCGACACUAGCAGUAGGAAAUGGGGCGUUGACAAUAUGAUGUCCAACAAUGGGUGGGUAUACUUCAACCUCCCCACAUGUAUCGCCCCGGGGCAGUACCUCCUGCGCAUGGAAACGCUCGCCCUGCACUCAGCCAAAACCCAGGGCGCAGCCCAGUUCUACCAGAGCUGCGCUCAGAUCAACGUGUCGGGCUCUGGCACGCUUUUGCCCUCGUCCACCGUCAGCUUCCCGGGCGCGUACAAGGCCAACGACCCCGGCAUCUUGAUCAACAUCUACGGCCUGAAGGGUGUCCCCGAUAUGGACGGCAAGCCGUACACCGCUCCGGGCCCGGCACCCAUUUCGUGCUGAGCUGGGCUGGGUUGAGUUGGACCGAAACAUGACGAGUCUCCUUUUCAGGUUGUUUCAAAGUAUGUCGCUGUUGCCAGGGAAACUCGCUGCUGCGAGGAUACCGCUGGUGCCGGACGAGGAAACUUCGGGGUUCAUAGAUCAUCGAUCAUGGUUGAUUCACACACGCCGUAUACACAGCGAGUAUAUGAGUGUAGGGCAUGUGGGGCAUGCGCUGGUAAGGAAUUUUUGGGAUUUAAGCACGGCUUUGCUAGGGGCAGCCCAGGCGGGCCAGCUCACAGCGGCAGAGACCAGGGAUAGGCAUUCUUCACCGUCUCUGCAGCCGGAACCCUUUCUUGUAUGUAAAUACACUACGUUAGCAUGCCCUGUCAACAUCUCCAAAAACACUCUCUUGACUCUCUUGUUCAAGAAAGGCGUCGCGCUCGCUGUACACUCUAAU